AUGACCAUCAGCGCACCACCACCUCCCGGCACCAGGAUCCCGUGGAUCGAAACCCCCCUCGUCAGCAACGUCUUUCUCAAGCUGGAAAACCUCCAGCCCGCCGCGUCCUUCAAGUCGCGCGGCAUCGGCAACUUCGUCCUGUCCAAGCUCGCCGCCGCCACCGCCGCCGCCCAGGCCGGGGCAGCAGCAGCCCCCGGCGGCGCGCCCCCCCGCCCGCACUUUUACUGCUCCUCCGGCGGCAACGCCGGCCUGGCCUGCGUCCACGCCGCCGUCACGCUGGGCUGCGACGCCACCGUCGUGGUGCCCCUGUCCACACCGGACUCCACGGUCGGCAAGCUUCGCCAGGCCGGGGCCGCGCGCGUGCUCCGGCUCGGCGCGUCGUGGCAAGAAGCCGACGACUACCUGACCCAGACGCUGAUGGCUGACGCGCGGGCCGCGGGCCAGGCGCCCGUCUACGUGCCCCCGUUCGACGCGCCCGAGGUGUGGGACGGCAACGCCGGCAUCGUGCGCGAGAUUGCGCGGCAGCUGCCCCUGCUCCGCGAGCCGGCCCCCCGCCUCGACGCCGUGGUCUGCAGCGUCGGCGGGGGCGGCCUGCUCUGCGGCAUCGUGCAGGGCCUCGACGAGCUGGGCCUGUCGCGCACAAAGGUGGUGGCGGUCGAGACCGAGGGCGCGGAUUCGCUGGCGCAGGCCGUCGCGGCCGGGGGGCUCGUCACGCUGCCCUGCAUCAGCAGCCUCGCCACGAGCCUGGGCGCCCGGCGCGUCUGCCAGCAGGCCCUGGACUACGCCGCCAGGGGGUCCGUCGCCAACCUCGUCCUGUCCGACGCCGAGGCCGCCGCCGCCUGCAGGCGGUUUCUGGACGAGGAGCGGCUGCUGGUGGAGCUGGCCUGCGCCGUGUGUCCGGCCGUCUGCUACGCCGGGAAGCUGGCCGAUGCCGUGCCGGGGCUGACCGAGGACAGCGUCGUCGUCGUCGUCGUGUGCGGCGGCAGCAACGUGUCGUGGGACAUGGUGGCCAAGUACGUCGCGGACGAGGCUGACGCCGCCCAGACGUAG